AUGUUGUUAAAUGAGAGAAGGCGAUAUGGAUGUGAAUUACUUUCUACCGUAACCCUGAUAUCCGGCACGAUCUCCUCCUCCACGACUUCCACCGUAACCCUCAUCGUUGUUGUAGUCAUCGGCUCGAAUACGUGGCUGUGGUCCUGGGUUGAUAAGAAGGAUGCUGUCAACAUUCUGGCAGACACAUACUCCUGGUUCUCCUAUUCUCCCGAGACUCCUGGCCAUCCACGUUCUCCUUGUGAUCCUGUCAAUCCAUUUCUUCCUGGCAAUCCUGGCAUUCCUGGUGCUCCAAUUGGUCCUGGUGGUCCCUCAUCUCCUGGUGGUCCCUCUUUCAAGUCUCCUUCUGGAGUUGGUCCUUUGUCUCCUGGAGCUCCUGGUCCUCCUCUGUAUCCUGGUGGUCCAACUGGUCCAGUCUCUCCUGGUGCACCAUCUUCUCCGUCAAUUCCUUUGAGUCCUGGUGGUCCUGGUGGUCCAACAUCUCCUGGGAAUCCUGGCCAUCCCUUGAUUCCGGGUGGUCCUUUUGGACAUGGACGGCAUGGUGGUGGUUCACGAACUUGGUUGAGUGGGCAUGUCUGGUUUGGAGUGGUUCCUGGCAUGCCUGGCUUUCCGGCAAGUCCUGGAAGACCUGGUUUUCCUGGAGUUCCAGAUGGUCCACGUGGUCCUGGUGGUCCUGGAAUACAACAUCCGGGACAUUCAGUCUCAAGUGGGGAUCCAGUGAUUUCAUCUCCAUAA